AUGAUAGAUUAUAUGUGGGAUCACGUGGUGAUAUCAGAUGAAUUGUACAAGAAAGGGAAUCAAGAGUGCGAUUUCAAACACGAAUAUGUGUCCAAGGAAUGCAAUGCGACUUUAGAUAAGUAUUUUGAUGUAUACAAGAUCAUUGACAUGUAUAGUCUCUAUUCUCCAAAUUGUGUCCCCACCCCCAAGAACUCCUCAAUUUCUCAUUCCAUCGCCAGAAAUCACCACCUUCCUGCUUUCCGUGGCAAAUUCUGCCCUCGCCUUACCUCCCAAAAUGAGGGAUGGCGGAGGAUGGCGGCCGGGUACGAUUCAUGUGCAUCAGAGUAUACCGAAAAGUAUUAA